UGUCCCCGCACUUCUGCCUCCUCCCGGUACCCGACAAUGACCACCCUGGUCAGCGUGGACACCCUUCCAGAAUAUGAGAAAAGUCAGAUCAAGAGAGCCCUGGAGCUGGGGACCGUCAUGACUGUGUUCAGUUUCCGCAAGUCCACCCCUGAGCGCAGGACUGUGCAGGUGAUCAUGGAGACGAGGCAGGUGGCCUGGAGCAAGACCGCAGACAAGAUUGAGGGCUUCUUGGAUAUCAUGGAAAUUAAGGAGAUCCGUCCAGGGAAGAACUCCAAGGACUUUGAGCGUGCCAAAACAGUCCGCCAGAAGGAAUGCUGCUGCUUCACCAUCUUCUAUGGCACCCAGUUUGUCCUCAGCACACUGAGUUUAGCAGCUGACUCUAAGGAGGAUGCAGUCAAGUGGCUUUCUGGCUUGAAGAUCUUACACCAGGAAGUCAUGAACGCCUCGACACCCACAAUUAUUGAGAGUUGGCUGAGGAAGCAGAUUUAUUCUGUGGAUCAAACCAGAAGAAAUAGCAUCAGCCUCCGAGAACUGAAGACCAUCCUGCCCAUGAUCAACUUCAAAGUGAGCAGUGCCAAGUUCCUCAAAGAUAAGUUUGUGGAAAUAGGCGCGCACAGAGAUGAACUCAGCUUUGAGCAGUUUCAUCUCUUCUAUAAAAAACUUAUGUUUGAGCAGCAGAAAUCGAUUCUCGAUGAAUUUAAGAAGGAUUCGUUCACCUUCAUCCUGGGGAACACAGACCGGCCAGAUGCCUCCGCUGUUCACCUGCACGACUUCCAGAGGUUUCUUUCACAUGAGCAGCAGGAGUCAUGGGCUCAGGAUCUCAACAAAGUCCGUGAACGGAUGACCAAGUUUAUCGACGAUACCAUGAGGGAAACUGCUGAGCCCUUCUUGUUUGUUGAUGAGUUCCUCACAUACCUGUUCUCACGAGAAAACAGUAUUUGGGAUGAGAAGUAUGACGUGGUCGACAUGCAGGAUAUGAACAACCCCUUGUCUCACUACUGGAUCUCCUCGUCACAUAACACGUACCUCACAGGAGACCAGCUGCGAAGUGAGUCAUCCCCAGAGGCGUACAUCCGCUGUCUGCGUAUGGGCUGCCGCUGCAUUGAGUUGGACUGCUGGGAUGGGCCAGAUGGGAAGCCCAUUAUCUACCAUGGCUGGACACGGACCACCAAGAUCAAGUUUGACGACGUUGUGCAGGCCAUCAAAGACCACGCUUUUGUCACCUCCAGUUUCCCCGUGGUCCUGUCCAUUGAGCAGCACUGUGGCGUGGAACAGCAGCGCUACAUGGCCAAGGUGUUCAAGGAGGUGCUGGACGACCUGCUGCUGGUGAAGCCCACUGAGGCCAGUGCUGACCAGCUGCCCUCACCCAGCCAGCUGCGCGGGAAGAUCAUCAUCAAGCAUAAGAAGCUGGGUCCCCGAGGCGAUGUGGACAUCAAUGUGGAGGACAAGAAGGACGAACAGAAGCAGCAGGGGGAACUGUACAUGUGGGAUUCCAUCGAGCAGAAAUGGACUCGUCACUACUGCGCCAUCGCCGAUGCCAAGCUGUCCUUCAGUGAUGACAUUGAACAGACGAUUGAAGAGGAGUUGCCCCAGGACACGCCCCCCACGGAGCUGCACUUUGGGGAGAAGUGGUUCCACAAGAAGGUGGAGAAGAGGGUCAGCGCCGAGAAGCUGCUGCAGGAGUACUGUGCCGAGUCGGGGGGCAAGGAUGGGACCUUCCUGGUGCGGGAGAGCGAGAGCUUCCCCAACGACUACACCCUGUCCUUCUGGCGGUCCGGUCGGGUCCAGCACUGCAGAAUCCGCUCCACCAUGGAGGGGGGCACCCUGAAGUUCUUCUUGACUGACAACCUCAUGUUCACCAGCAUCUACGCCCUCAUCCAGCACUACCGCGAGAGUCACCUGCGCUGUGCCGAGUUCGAGCUGCGGCUCACUGACCCUGUGCCCAACCCCAACCCACACGAGUCCAAGCCGUGGUAUUACGAUGGGCUGAGCCGGGGAGAAGCAGAGGACAUGCUGAUGCGAGUCCCCCGCGACGGGGCCUUCCUGGUCCGGAAGCGUGAAGGUGCUGACUCCUACGCCAUCACCUUCAGGGCCCGGGGGAAGGUGAAGCAUUGCCGGAUCAAUCAGGAUGGCCGGCACUUUGUUCUGGGGACCUCGGCCUACUUUGAGAGUCUGCUGGAGUUGGUCAGCUACUACGAAAAGCACGCCUUGUACCGCAAGAUGAAGCUGCGCUAUCCCGUGACCCCUGAACUGCUGGAACGCUACAACAUGGAAAGAGAUAUAAACUCCCUCUAUGAUGUCAGUAGGAUGUAUGUGGACCCCAGUGAGAUCAAUCCUUCCACGCCUCAGAGAACCGUGAAAGCUCUAUACGACUACAAAGCCAAGCGAAGUGACGAGCUGAGCUUCUGCCGUGGCGCCCUCAUCCACAAUGUCUCCAAGGAGCCCGGGGGCUGGUGGAAGGGCGACUAUGGCGCCCGGAUCCAACAGUACUUCCCAUCAAACUACGUCGAGGACAUUUCAACAGUUGAUGUCGAAGAGCUAGAAAAGCAGAUUAUUGAAGACAAUCCCUUAGGGUCUCUUUGUCGAGGGAUAUUGGAUCUCAAUACCUAUAACGUGGUGAAAGCCCCACAGGGGAAAAACCAGAAACCCUUUGUCUUCAUCCUGGAGCCCAAGAAGCAGGGAGACCCCCCGGUGGAGUUUGCCACUGACCGGGUGGAGGAGCUCUUCGAGUGGUUCCAGAGCAUCCGCCAGAUCACCUGGAAGAUAGACACCAAGGAGAACAACAUGAAGUACUGGGAGAAGGACCAGUCGAUCGCCAUCGAGCUCUCCGACCUCGUUGUCUACUGCAAACCCACCAGCAAAACCAAGGACAACUUAGAAAACCCCGACUUCCGAGAAAUCCGCUCCUUCGUGGAGACCAAGGCUGACAGCAUCAUCAAACAGAAGCCCAUGGAUCUCCUGAAGUACAAUCAGAAGGGCCUGACCCGCAUCUACCCCAAGGGACAAAGGGUCGACUCUUCCAACUACGACCCUUUCCGCCUUUGGCUGUGCGGCUCCCAAAUGGUUGCACUUAACUUCCAAACUGCAGACAAGUACAUGCAGAUGAAUCACGCCCUGUUUUCCCUCAACGGGCGGACGGGCUACGUCCUGCAGCCUGAGAGCAUGAGGACCGAGAAGUAUGACCCUGUGCCUGCUGAGCCCCAGAGGAAGAUACUGAUGACCCUGACCGUCAAGGUUCUUGGUGCCCGCCACCUCCCCAAGCUUGGCCGAAGCAUUGCCUGUCCGUUUGUCGAGGUAGAGAUCUGUGGAGCUGAGUACGACAGCAACAAGUUCAAGACAACAGUUGUGAAUGACAACGGCUUAAAUCCUGUCUGGGCUUCGACACAGGAGAAGGUGACAUUUGAAAUUUACGAUCCAAAUCUCGCCUUCCUGCGCUUUGUGGUUUACGAGGAAGAUAUGUUCAGUGACCCCAACUUCCUGGCUCAUGCUACGUACCCCAUUAAAGGUAUCCGAUCAGGAUUUAGAUCGGUUCCUCUCAAGAACGGCUACAGUGAAGACAUAGAGCUGGCUUCCCUCCUGGUUUUCUGUGAAAUGCGACCGGUUCUGGAGAGCGAAGAGGAACUUUACUCCUCCUGUCGCCAGCUGCGGAGGCGGCAGGAAGAACUAAACAACCAGCUAUUCCUGUACGACACCCACCAGAACUUGCGCAACACCAACCGGGACGCCCUGGUGAAGGAGUUCAAUGUCAAUGAGAACCAACUCCAGCUGUACCAGGAGAAGUGCAACCGGAGGUUGAGAGAGAAGAGAGUUAGCAACAGCAAGUUCUACUCCUAAGAGCCAGGG